AUGGCUGACGAAGAGGCGCAGAUUCCAGGCAUUCUUAUUGUCCUGGCAUACUUGGAGGGCAAUUCUCUCAUGCACCUUGCCCUCCAAAAAUUCCUUGUCGAAAUUAUGGAGCAAGAACUCCUCGAGCGGUUCGCAUUUUGUGAAGUAGCCACGGAAGAAGAGGAGGAUGAGGCGUUGAAGUCGGCAUUUGCGGAGCUGACGAUAAAUGAGGAAGAGGCGGGUUGGGCCCCUCUUCCUGACGAAGAUGGCGAGUGGAUGCUCGAGGAGAAGCAUCCAGAACUUGUCGAGGAAAACUCCGCAAUGCCGACUUCCUCAAUGAAAGUCGAUGAGAACGCAGAACCUGAGCAAAGUGUGCUAGAAUUAGUCCGAAGAACUAGGACGAUAAUGAUUUCGGUUUCUGCGACAUCAGAAGCCGUAGGCGAAGAGAUGGCACCGGAGGCCUUCCGAGUUGGGACUGUGGGAGGUCUCCAAGAGCGAUUUAGACAAAAAUUAAGAGAGCCCGAGAACAACGCCUAA